ACGUCGUGAAACCGUUCAUCUUGUCACCCGCCCUAUAAACCUUGUCUAUGUACAUCUAGCAGGCAGAGCUGCGAGCGAUGAGCCAGAGGUCCCGAAGCACCCUCAAAAUUCGUCAACACUCAUCAAUGAAACCCCCAGUCUGAAGUGUGGCUCGGCUCAGUAGCUUCCUUCCCCCCGCCCCCCUUCUUCUCCAUAAUUGUUAACUCUUUUAAUCCAGUUUCUGAAACCGUCGGUCACUCCCACGGUCCCUCCACCAGCCUCAUAUAAAUCAAUCUAUAAUAGACAAUCAUCGUUACCGCGAAUAAUCAAUCAGUCAAUCCUCUCUAGGAUAACCUGUUUCGUAUCAGUCGCCAUGGCAGUGCAACCAAAGAAGAUCAUAAUCGACACCGACCCUGGCAUUGAUGAUGCCAUGGCUAUUUUUCUGGCAUUACAGUCACCCGAGGUGGAGGUGAUUGGACUUACAACUAUAUAUGGGAAUGUUUAUACAACCCUGGCCACGAGAAAUGCUUUGCAUUUGCUUGAAAUUGCCGGAAGAACUGAUAUCCCUGUUGCUGAGGGAUCUCACGUCACAAUUACUAACGGAACGAAACUGCGUAUUGCUGAUUUUGUUCAUGGUACUGAUGGACUUGGGAACCAAAAUUUCCCUCCACCAAAAGGAAAGCCAACUGAACAGUCAGCAGCUUCUUUUCUUAUUGAUCAAGCAAAUCUUUAUCCUGGAAAGGUCACAGUGGUGGCACUGGGCCCUCUUACAAAUGUUGCACUGGCUAUCCAACAAGAUCCUGCAUUUUCAAAGAACAUUGGACAGAUUGUUAUUCUUGGCGGUGCUUUUGCAGUCAAUGGGAAUGUGAAUCCAGCAGCAGAGGCCAAUAUUUAUGGUGAUCCCGAUGCUGCAGAUAUUGUAUUCACAAGUGGAGCAGAUGUUUUGGCCGUGGGUAUAAAUGUUACUCAUCAAGUUGUACUGACAGAUGCUGAUAGAGAGAAGUUGGCCAAGUCGGAGGGAAAAUUUGCUCAGUACUUGUGCAAAAUCUUAGACGUGUACUUCUCUUAUCAUUACGAUGCAUACAACACAAAUGGAGUUUACCUUCAUGAUCCAACUGCCCUUCUUGCAGCUGUUGACCCUUCACUCAUCACAUACAUAGAAGGUGUUGUUAGAGUCCAGACCCGUGGCAUCACAAGGGGACUGACAAUAUUAUACAACAAACAGAAAAGGUUUGGCGAAGUCACUGAAUGGACCGAUAAACCCACAGUGAAGGUUGCAGUCACAGUUGAUGCUCCUGCUGUUGUCAAAUUGUUAAUGGAGCGGCUCAUUGACUCUUGAAGCAUUCAAACAACUGAUUGAUAUAUAAUUCAGGGGACAUAGGUCGUAGUUAAUCGUUCUUGUGAUGAUCAUCGUUGACGUGGGUGGCGGGGUGCAACUACUUGCCUUUGAUUUCAGUUUGAACCUGUCCCUUAUCACAUUGGUAAUUGGUUAGAGUUCUUGAUGGUUUUCUGAUAUGCUUCAUGUUGGUGUCUCUAAUUUGGUCACUGUCUGUCUUCAUGCAUCUUAGUGAUGACAAUAAGUUUAAAAUAAAGGAUCUGGUGUUGGUGUAACAAUUGAAAUUCUAUCUGCAAUGAAGAAUUUUAUGCUGCGAAAA